AUGUUCGAGUUCGCGUUCCCAGCAGAUGGCGAGAACCGUGGCAACGCCGAGUCGAAAACCUACAAGUAUAUCGGGCCUACGCCGAAGUGCUCCCUGGACUCGCUCGUAGGGCAUGCCACCCGCGGGUGUCCUGUCUACGAUCUACAGCAGCGCAAGGUGGUGUACCUCAAAGAUACAUGGCGUAUUCUCGGUGAAGACCUCGAGAAGGAGGGUGACAUACUGGCUUCCCUGGGCGCACACAAUGCGCCAUAUAUCCCCACUGUGGAGCGGCUCGGUGAUGUACUCGACCAUGCAACGAAGACCCAAGCGCUAGUGUAUGAACCUUGGAAUCAUGCGGCCCAGCAUUCGGUGGCAAUACAGACGGGACAUCUACACUACCGCUUUGUGACGGCGAUCGCCGAUGCGGUUGAAGUAUGCCUGCGAGCAUACGAGGACGCCAAGUAUUUGCACCGGGACAUCAGCGAGGGAAACGUCUUGAUUACCCUCGAAGGGCGAGGGUUGUUGAUCGACUGGGAUUAUGCCAAAGCUACGGAUGCUCUAGGAAAAGGUGCCCAUCGGCACGACCAAACGAUUUUCGGGGAACGUGUCAAUUCACAAUUUAUGUCGGCAAUGUUGCUACAAAGACAAAAACAAGAGAAUGCGUUCUAG